AUUUUCAGCAUUUUCGCAUAGGCUUCAUAGCUUCCUUGCUAGACUUAUAGGUUGUGGUAAGGAUUGGAAAAAUAAAAGUAAACAAUGGAAUCUUUUCUUUCUUUCUUUAGUCUCGAAUGAAUGAACUGAUUAUCAGGUCAAGGUAUGAUUGUUUGUACAAAAAUUUAAACAUGGCAGGCUCAUGUAUGUGUAUAUAUGCAUAUGUUUGUAUGUAUACAUCACACACUACUUCUAGCCAAGCUAUCUUGAAAGAUAGAUGUGCAUAUUCUCUCUGCCUUCGUUUUCUAAGAAUCUCAAAAAGGGGUUUAAUCACUUUUAUGAUUCUUGAUUAGUUUUUCGUGUCAAAAAUCAAAUCUGUUUUCAUCCCUGACAAUAUUUUUGGCAUCCUUCAAGUCUUUGACAAUGGUUUCUCAGAAUUCACAUCAAGAACCCAGUAUUCUACAUCAGUUUACCACUUCAUACUCCAUGACUGGUCAACCACACGGUCUAGGCUUUCAUUCUUUUGGUCAACCUCAAAUAACUCACACUAGACAUGUCAUGGAUGAUCUGCUUAGAGCCCAGAAACUCUCACCACCUUGGCAAACAUCACUAAACCAAAUCACCAGUGCCAUAAACCCAGCUUUUGUCAACCAGAUGGGUAUGUGUGGUUGUAUCUCUUCUUCCCCAACCAGUUCAAUAUCCAUCUUUUCUGGAACUGGUGAAUCUUUCUUAACUCAGUCGAAAUAUUUAAGGCCUGCACAGUUACUUCUUCACGAAAUGGUUAGUCUUGCUGAAAAGCCUUCACAUUCCGGUUGCAGUGAAAAGUACAUCAAGAGACUAUCACGCCACGGCAAGAAAGGAUCUUUCCGGCUCCGUUCUGUUCUCAGUGUUGAGUUUCUGGAUAACGAUAAAAUUGUGGAGCUGAUUGCUUUGCUUGAAGGGGUGGAAAGCGGAUAUGAGAAAUAUUAUCAUGAAAUGGAAGAGAUAGUGACUUCAUUUGAGGCGAUAGCCGGAGUAGGAGCAGGGAAGUCAUACACUGCACUUGCACUUCAAGCCAUGUCUAGACAUUUCUGCAACUUGAGGGAAGCUAUCUUUUCUCAGAUAAAGAAGGUAGUGGGAGAAAUAUCAGAAGAUAAAACGCAGAAGUUUGACACAAAAGAGGUUAGGAUUCAGAGGGUGUUUCUUCAACAGCUUGGGGCUGUACAAAGCUUGAGGCAAUCAUGGGGGCAAAUUAGAGGGCUUCCAGGGACUUCUGUGGCCAUUCUUCGUGCUUGGCUAUUUGAACACUUUCUUCACCCAUAUCCGGAUGAUUUGGAAAAGCUGAUGUUGGCGUCACAGACAGGCUUGACAAAGAAUCAGGUGUCAAACUGGUUUAUAAAUGCUCGAGUUCGGCUAUGGAAGCCUAUGAUAGAAGAACUGUACAGAAAGGAGUUUGCAGACGCUUCAGAAGAAUCGACUAUAACUAAACAAGCUGCUGCUAUCACAUAUUCUGCAGUGGAAUGACAACAUCCUCUCCUCCCUUUUUUUGCGUGAAGUUUAAAUCUGCAGUUGAGAUGAUUAACAGUUUGUUCUGAUUAUUAACACUGGGUUAAGUUUUGCAAAGGUUUUCUUGCUCGGGCAAUUAGAAAAAAAGAUCUUAUUAGUUUGGUAGAACUUUCCGUUAAAAGAUGAUGUUUCAAAACAUGGUUGGAACUUGGAAGAUCA